AAACGCGACUGUAGCCGUAGUCGCAAUGACACUGAUGACAGCGUAGUAAUGCCGCACUGCUGCAUACGUGGUCUGUGAGUUUGUGUCAAUUGUGUCAAGUUUAUGUACGGUCGUAUUGGCCGUAUAGAUCUUCCCUAUAAUCAAAAGUCUCGAGUCAACAAUAAACAAAAAAGGGUAUCGUGCGAUCGCGGCCGGGAGACUCCUCAGUUGCGCCUAGUUACGUGAAUCUUGUACCGUAUUGACCUUCAUUGAGAGGCAGGUGCCAUUAUCUAAGGAAGUGUGAAUCUCGAGCACACGAGCCGAGCGGAACGGAGCGGAGAAUCGUCGGCACAAGAACGUCGACGUCGCGUUAGUUGCGGUCUGCGCGCGAUUCUACCGAGUAUCCGCGGCGACCCGUGAUCGAUGUGAUCCGCGAGCGUGGUGACUUGGGGAAGGCGAUUCCGAUGGACCGUCGCCGCCUGUUUGCCGUCACCGUCAUCGACAAUCGGCGUGGCGGAGCGUGCCAAUUCGACCACCGCCCGACGGUCGAACGCCGUGGCGCUUAGCCACUCGGUCCGAGCGGACUUAGCGAGCCGUCAUGUCCUCAAUCCCGGAAGCCGUGCCGAUAUAGGGGAAACGCGAGCAAACGGUGGUGAUGUCAACGAUGGCGAGCACCGCCGCCGCCGCCGUCGUCGGCAGCAAUCCGGAGAAUGCUUCCAAAUUCCUGGAGGUCCUGCAGUCGGAUCUCAAAGUACUUGCUUCGGAGACCAAGAAGAAGUACCCGCAAAUCAAGGAAUCAUGUGAGGAAGGAAUUGCAAAGUUGAGAACAGCCUCAAGUAAUCCAGGGACACCAAUAUAUUAUAUUGUAAAUCAAAUACUUUAUCCUUUAGUUCAAGGUUGCGAGAGUAAGGACAUAAAAGUCAUCAAGUUUUGCCUAGGCAUGAUGCAAAGACUAAUAACACAGCAAGCAGUAGAUCAGAAAGGUGCCCGAUAUAUUACAGAUACUUUGUGGUUGUUAAUGGAAUCGGGUACAGAGGAAGUUAAAGUUUUACAGACUGUAACAUUACUACUUACAAGUAAUGCCGUGGUGCAUGGAGAUACUCUGGCAAGAAAUUUGGUGCUUUGCUUCCGAUUACAUUUCACAAAGGAUUGUACAACGAUAAAUACAGCCGGUGCUACUGUAAGACAACUAGUGUCUUUGGUAUUUGAAAGAGUAGUUGCCGAGGACGAGCAAAAUUCCGAUCAGCCAGAGCCUGAUGAAGUAAAUUUGGAGGAACUGAAAAUUCCAACGAAUCAAGCACCUAAAGGUCUCGGCCCUUGCGCUGCAGAUGCAUAUUUGAUGUUUCAGGAUCUAGUACAAUUGGUGAACGCCGAUCAACCGUACUGGCUAAUAGGCAUUACUGAAAUGACCAGAACUUUUGGUUUGGAACUGUUGGAGUCGGUUUUAACAAACUUUUCAUCAGUUUUUUUUAAGCAUCCAGAGUUUAGCUUCUUACUGAAGGAGAGAGUGUGCGCACUUGUGAUAAAACUGUUUUCGCCUAAUAUCAAAUAUCGUAAUUCAGUGCCAGCAUCUUUGCAACAAGCUACACCUUUAGAUAAACCUUACUUUCCUAUUAGUAUGAGGUUAUUGCGAGUUGUGUCGAUUUUGAUACAGAAAUAUCAUUCCUUAUUGGUGACGGAAUGUGAAAUAUUCUUAUCUUUAAUUGUGAAGUUUCUGGAUCCUGACAAACCUACCUGGCAGAGAGCUUUAGCAUUAGAAGUUCUGCACAAAAUGACAGUUCAGGCAGAUUUGCUGACAAACUUCUGCGAAUGUUACGAUUUGAAACCACACGCUACAAAUAUUUUUCAAGAUAUUGUUAAUAGCUUAGGUGCAUAUGUACAUAGCCUUUUCGUAAAUCCACAAAUGAUGAGUCAGACAGCAACAAGUACAACUAUGCCUCAAAGCACAGGUUCACCAUUAUUUACUGGAAUGCCUAUUGGACCUGGUGUAUCACCUCAACCCGGUUUUUAUUCACGCGGUAUUUGGUUACCAGUAGUAGCAACAUUUACAAGUGGACAAGCUAAGCCAACUUAUUUGGAAAUGUUAGACAAAGUCGAACCGCCACAAAUACCAAUUGGUUAUGGAAUCAGCAUAGCCUAUGCAUGCCUGUUAGACAUUAUACGAUCUAUCGCAUUGGCUAUAAAUGGCUCGAAAGACGAUAAUAGUGAAAGUUUUAUCUAUCAGCCGAGCGAAUCCGAACGAAAGCUUCAUGUACAAUUAAUAAACUCUAGUUGGUGUGGUCUGUUGGCAGCCCUCAGUCCAUUAAUAGAUGCUAGCACGGACGAAUCGGCAACAGAAAAUGUUCUAAAAGCAAUUCAAACGUUCGCAUCUCUUUGCGGCCAAUUAGAUUUGCAAGCGCCACGCGAUGCCUUCAUUACUGCGAUAUGUAAAGCAUCCCUACCACCUAAUUACGCCUUGACUGUACUGUACAACGCACCCCAAGGUAUACCAACCGCGAGACAACAGGACUCUACUCAAUACAGCUUGACAAUGGGCGAGCCCGAUUAUAGGCAACAAGUGGUAGCCGUUGGUACGCCACUACCAACGGCAUCUUUACCAAUUGGUGCUCAUCAAGGUCCCGUCAUGUUGACCGCGAAAAAUCUACAAUGCAUGCGUGCACUAUUAUCAUUGGCCCACUGUCACGGUAGCAUACUUGGUAGCGCGUGGCAUUUGGUACUUACUACUCUUCAACAUCUCGUUUGGAUACUUGGUUUAAAACCUUCUACUGGCGGAUCAUUGAAAGCUGGGAGAACCGCGGCUGAUCCGAACGCUGUGCUGACAAACGCAGUUAUGGCGGAUCUACCUGUACUCAGUGCUAUGCUUAGUAGAUUAUUCGAGAGCAGUCAGCAUCUUGAUGAUGUCGCCCUGCAUCACUUGAUAGAUGCCCUAUGUAAACUGAGUCACGAGGCGAUGGAGCUGGCAUAUUCUAACCGUGAACCCUCUCUGUUUGCUGUUGCUAAACUUCUAGAGACAGGUUUAGUGAACUUACCACGUGUAGAAGUGCUCUGGAGACCAUUAACGAAUCACUUGUUGGAAGUUUGUCAGCAUCCACACAUUCGUAUGAGAGAAUGGGGCGUGGAAGCGAUCACAUAUCUCGUCAAAAUGGCUCUUCAACAUAAAUAUCCACAACCACUUCGCGAUAAUCAGAAGUUGCAAACAUUACUGUUGGGACCAUUGUCCGAGUUAUCGUCGGUGCGUCACGGUGACGUUAGGCAGCGACAGCUGGAAUGCGUUUUGCAAGUGCUUCAUGGGGCUGGGGAGACGCUGUACCAUGGCUGGCCUUUAGUCCUCGGUAUUAUAGGAGCAGUUUCCGAUCAUCACGGAGAGGCUUUAGUGCGCAUAGCUUUCCAAUGUUUACAGUUAGUUGUAACCGAUUUUUUGCCGGUGAUGCCUUGGCGAUGUCUUCCACUGUGUGUCGAUACAGCCGCUAAAUUUGGAUCGCAGACGCAAGAAUUGAAUAUUUCGCUCACGGCUGUCGGUCUAAUGUGGAACAUAAGCGACUACUUCUAUCAGAACCAAGAGAAAUUGUGCGUUUGCUUGCGCGGAGAUUCAUCAUCAGUAUUCCCUGAUUUUCCUGGCACUACAAAUAUGCCACCGUUUGAUAAACUCUGGAUGUGUCUCUAUGCAAGAUUGGGAGAUCUAUGCGUCGAUUCGCGACCCGCUGUACGCAAAUCGGCAAGUCAAACCCUCUUCUCAACCAUAUCCGCACACGGUAGCCUCUUGCAUCAACCAACGUGGCAAGCCGUGCUCUGGCAGGUAUUGUUUCCACUGUUAGAUAAAGUAAGAAGCUUGUCGAAUUCGGCUAGCAGCGAAAAAGUCGAUACCAGUGGAAACAUACUUAUUCAUCACAGCAGAAAUACAGCGCAGAAGCAAUGGGCGGAGACGCAAGUUUUGACAUUAAGCGGCGUAGCCAGAGUGUUUAAUACGAAACGUCAGCUGUUGCAAAUGUUAGGGGACUUUCCCAGAGCGUGGUCAUUGCUCCUCGAAUUUAUCGAGAAUUCUGCGCUUAGUAAAAACAACGAGGUAUCGUUAGCGGCACUGAAAUCAUUCCAAGAGAUCCUCUUUCAACCGAAGGGAAGCGACAGCACCGAGGUGAUUCAAUCGAACGAUUCAGAAGGCUUGUGGACGGUGACGUGGCGCGUCUGGCUAAAUAUUGGAAUGGAGAGCACUGCUCCGCCGCAAGAAAGCGACACCGAUCCUUAUGUGCCCUCCCAGGCAUUUUUAACUGCGCUUAUGCAUAUAUUUCCAGGUGUUUUCCAGCACAUUAGAAAUAAGUUUACCGGCCCCGAUCUGCAAAAAUUAUGUAUCGUCCUGAAGAACGCGGUGGCCGUUCCGGUGCACGGCGAAUCGACGCCGUACAUUCUGCCAUCGGUACCCGACGUGGUUCUUACUCAUUUGCAAGACGAGGUGCUGCACUCCAUGGAGCUUCUGCAAAAAGAAGCGUUAAACGGUCCGGACAAUUUGCGCACGAUGAUUGUACUGAUAUUCCUUCAGUUGCUGAACUUCUCGAAACUUGCGUGCGAAGCCCCGACAUACGGUAAAAUACCCACGAAACAUAUCUCUCAGGUCAGAGGCGUGUCCGCUGAUUGGGUCACCAUGAAUUAUGUCCCGUUUGGCGAGAAAGCUCUAUCGAUGGUCGUGAAUCUGUAUCAGAAAACUGCGCACGAGAUGGCCGUAAUCGACGGUCAGGUGCUCAAGUACAUUGUGGAAGCGCUGCACGUACCGUUAGCCAUGAAAUACGCGUGCCCAUCCGCAACCACAUGGAAACUAGCCGUGACUAGUCUUUUAGCUGUCUUGCACACCGGGCUACCGCUCGCUAGAAAAUAUCCCGAGCAAUUCCAGAGCAUGUGGCUUGAGCUUGCGAGCACGCUGGACGAUUUCUUGUUCCCUAAAAGCGUACUGAAUGUAGAACGAGGGGUAGAAGAGAUCCAGGCUGACGAGGCGGUAGAUUGUCAGGUUAUGGAGUUAUUGAGGGACGAAGUAUUGCCACAUUCUCAGCACAUACCUCAUCAGUUUAUACUUAGAGUUGUUAUGCUUUUAAAUAAAGGUUCCAUACAUUCAGCCACCACAGCAAAUAUCGAAAAUGGAGCAGAAACGAAAUUACGGGAAGAAUUUGCGAAAACUUGUUUCGAGACUUUAUUGCAAUUUUCUUUAUUAGACGGACUGAACAAUGAUGCAGAAAAUAGUCCUAAAAAGAGUUCAGAAAGUGACGAGGGCGGAAUUGCUGGACGUUUGGCAGUUACGGCUCUUCUGCACAGAUUUCAAGAAGUUUUACGGCGAUAUAUUGAAAGCGAGAGACGGAGUGGAAAAUGUCCUUUGCCUAGGUACAGAUUGUCGGAAAUAUCGUUUGUUCUGAAAGCCGUUGCCACUCUCGUAGUAUCGCUUAAGAAAGCACCUCCGAAUAAAGUUGAAAGAUCAGUAUGGGAGCAGCUGAUAGGAUUAUACCCAUGCUUAGUGGAAUGCACGAUCGCGACUACUUCUGGUCAAGUGUCUAGAUCCUUGCGAGAGGCUCUGUUACAAUAUCAUGAUUUAUUACGGGCACCAGUUCACAACACGUCGACCCUUAAUGGUGUUUGACCAAUACAUUCUUUUCUUUUUACUGAGAACGCGGAUUUACAUUAAUAGUUGAAGUGAAGUACAGAGUUAGUAGUUUACUUGUGUAAUGUUUUGACGUGUGAAAAAUCUGAGAAUAACAAUUUUCUGAUUUCUAAUAUGGAAAGAAAGAUAAUAAGUUUUUAAGCUGCAUAAUUACGCUCUAAUGGUAGAGUAAAUACCAUGUUCAUUGUUAUAAGCGUGACUUCAGUAGUUGCAUACACAAUCGCGAAAAAAUCUACAUCGCUACAAUUUAUUCUGCUCAUCAGUCGAUAUAUAUAUUAUUUUUACGACGUUGCAGUACAAUAAUCAAAAUGCGAAUAGUGUUUUUAAAUUGAUGCUCUCAUGGAAAUUUUAUAUUUUAUGUAAUUUUUGCCGUUUUCGACUUUGUGAUCAUGUCAGGGAGAAUAAUAAAGAAAGAUCUCUUUACGAGAUUCAUCUAAAUACUAGGGUCCUGUUCCGAUAUAUUCUAGUACUAAAAAUUUGUAGUAUACGUAAUAUGAACUAUAAAAUUUCAGUAUUAGCAGUAUAUAUCGGAACACGAUCUAGAUAGUGCAAUAUAGCAAUGUGAGAAAUUUUCAUUGCAGAAUUGUUAUAUCGAUUAAAUUAAACGAGAUAGUUAUGAAGUAAUAACAAAUUAGAAAUUGAAGUAUUUCCCGUUUGAAAUACAUAAAAUUGUGAAAAAGAGGAUUUAUUAACUAACAAGUAUUCUCCAGAGAGUGUAGGAAUUAUGUGUUCUAAUAGCGCAAUCGUAGUUUGUUAUUAUUCCGAGUAUACAGGAGGAACGCUGUACAUAUUUGUAACGCGAAGAAUGUACAAGACAGCUUUUUUAAUCGGUGUUGUAAAUAUUAAUAUGAGAUAUAUAUGUAUACUAAGAUGCAGAUACGAGGCGGUUUUAUAAAUAACAUAAAACUCUAUCAUUUACUAUUCUUACAAAUUACGCGGCGUCGUAAAUAUACUAUCAAAAUGUAAAUAAAUCUAUCCAGAUUAAAUAAAGCUCUCUUUGAGCAGCUGUUA